CUUGAACUCAGUCUACAAAGUCAUUGAUGCUGUAGAAUUAAACAAUGAAGUUCAUUGUGACAUCAUCAACUGAUUUGCAAUCCAUAUGAGACCAAGCCUUGAAUAGUGGAUCCACAACUCCUGAGAUCAAUCCACAUCACUGUACAUGUAGUUGAUGCUCCACAACAAAGACACUGUAUUGUGAUAUCUUCAGAAUAAAUCAAACGCUGACCUACUGAUUUGUAAUCAACUUGGCUCAGUCCUUAAUUUGGAUCAACCUCUGAAAUCAGUUCACAUCCUAGGCAUUGAUGGUGUACAAAAUCAUCAAGUAAAGUAGUAUUUAUACAUAGAUAUUUUCAGUGAUAUUUUUAGAGUCAACACACGGAUCCACUGAUUUCCAUGUAACUUGAGGCUGCGGAUUUCAAGUGUUGAUCCACAACUUCUGAAAUCAAUCCACAUCAGCGACAGCAACUUCUUUCACUUUUGCAGGGUAAUAUUUAGAGUAUAAUCCAGAUAUUUUUGCUGUACAUGUAUAAAAUGCAUUGCACUGAGUAAUUGGAAAAGAUAUCUUUUAACUUUAAAAUACUGAACUUCGUUAUCUAUCUUUUGAAACCAAGUUAACAACAUUUCUUAGUUUCAAGAUGAACAAUUCAAGCAUUGUAAUAGUAGACUACAAUGAAUAUGCGCAACUGCCUUACAUCAAGGCAUUAUUUAGUACGAUUUUGGCGUUAACAUCUUUUUUGAUUAUACUAGGAAACAUCUUUUCCUUGAUAGUGCUCUAUCGCGUGAGAUCUAUUAGUGAGCCAACGAGGAUAAGCAUGAUAUCGUUAACGAUCGCGAACUUGUGCUCAGGGUUAUUUCGCAGCUCGCCGGGCGUUUUUGCGGCCGCGAUGGGACGUUGGCCUUUCAGAGGCCAGCUUUGUGCCGUUCAGGGAGUGCUCAACCAUGCUUUGCUCACCGCUUGCAUUUGGAAUCUGCUGGUUCUCUGCUUGGACCGAUUCAUCGCGAUCUUGAAGCCCUUGCGCUAUCACCAAAUCGUGACUGCCAAGAAAGCGCUGCUGGCUGUGCUGAUCAGCUGGUGCCUCGCCGUUAUUGGCGGAUUCACGAUGGGUCCGCUACAAACCCGCCGCCCAGCUCAUUAUAUGCCCGAAUACUGCAGUUGCUACUAUCAGUUUCAAUUCAACCCGUGGUUUUACGUUUCCUUUGCUACAUUUGUCACAGUUCCAUACAUUGUAAUGUUUUUUCUCUUCACUUAUAUGUUUGUUAUCGCUAGAAGACAUGCCAAGCGAAUCCAAAACGGGAUACCAAAUAAUCCAGAGGCACAGGUCAAACAACCCCCGGCGCGAAAAUCAGCUAUCACAUAUGCCUUGGUUAUGCUGUUUUUCGAUAUCAGCAUAACCCCUAUGUUAUUGCUACACACAUACAACCUCAUUAUCCGUACUAGAUGCUAUGGGCACUUUGUCGUGACUUUUGUGUUUACCGUCCUGUUCCAUUCUUUUUCCUUCUUGUGCUUGCCAGUUUUUUACAAGCGGACUGCAGCCUUUAGAGAGGAGUUAUAUCGAAUCGCGGCCAAAAUCUGUCCGUUUAAAUGCUGCAAAGUCUAGGGGUUGCAUGACUGAUGAAUGUAUUGUCAUUCCCUGUGCAAUAAUGCUGUGAUACAGUAUUACGAUAUACGAAAAU